UUUUUUUCUCAUAUAUAAAUGAAAUUAAGAAAUUAUUGAAUUAUAAAAAAAAAUAAUUUAAAUUCGUAAUGGGUUUUGUUGUAUUUGUUAUUGAAUAAUUUUUAAAUGCAUUUUUGAAGUAAAUUGUGGGGGUAUUUAAAAUAUUUUUAAAACAAAAACAAGAUAAAAGAAAAAACAUAAUAUUUUUUUUAAAUAAAUUUUAUUAUGCUAAUCGGCGUAAGCUUUCAGUAUAUUAAUAAGAUUUUUGCUGAGUUAAUAAAGUUUUGGCCAUUGAGAAAACUGUCCAGAUCAGAGAAAAUAAACCCACAAAAUGCAUGGAGUGAAGCGCGUAAUCGUUUUCUGCAUUCUAAUAGUAUUGAUACCAUCAACGCUCAUCAUAAUUCCUUUGUAUUUGCGGCACAGUAUUUUUGCAGAUGUUGUUUAUCCUGUGGCUGAAUCCGAUAUAAUUGAAAUACGUGAUGGAAUAUCUUCAAUUUUUUGUCAAAAGCAUACUUUACAUAUGGAUAGUAAUUUUAAUGCUUUUCAACUUUCUAAUAAACCAGAAAUUUCUACAAAUCGAAAACAUAUACGUUUAAAGAAAUCAAUGGUUUUGCCAGAUGAUACUUUAGAAUACUGGGGAUUCUAUUUGUUGAAAGGCGCUAAAGUUGAAUUGAAAUUUUGUUCGAGAUAUGAUGGUUCCAGAAUUUUGGUUGUAAAAGGUGAACGUAAUUUACAAACUUGUGGCCUUUUAGAACAUAAUAAAAAUAAAGUAGGAACAAAUUUCGCGGAAGGUCAUGACAAAGUAAAAGUUAUUUUUGAAGACAAAGAAGAAUUUAAUAUGUCAAAAGAACAUAGAAAUAAAACUGUUAAACAUGAAACCGGUGAUGUAUUCAAUUUGAAUAUUAUUAUGAAUCAUCCACAUAAAGAAAAUUUAACUGAAGAAGAAUUAGAAAAUAAUGGAGGUGAAGAUCUUUCAGAGAUUAAUGAAAAAGAGAGUCACUUAUUAGAUACUAGUACUAUAAUGCCAAAGAUUAAAAGAAAAUAUCCAAAUCAAAUAAAUAAGACUGAAUUACUAAAUAAUGGUAAAAAUAUUAAUUUAAUUUUUAAUACGACCACAAAAAGCAAUGUGGAAAUUUUGAAUGAAACUGGAUUAGAGGCAAAUGAAAAUGAUAAAGAAGCUAAUAAAAAACACACGUUACAUAAUAUUAAUUUUCCAGCACUGGAACCGAAACGGACCAGAAUUGAUUUUGAAAAAGAAUAUGCGACACGUACAAAACCAAUAAAACAUUAUAGUAGUAAUAUUGAAUCACCAUUAAACAAAAAGGAUGGGGAAAAUAAUAAUAAAAAAGAAAAGGAUGAGUCAAAUGUACGAAGAAGACGCCGUCGACAUCAUAUGUCAAAGCAUGAUACAAAUAAAAUGACCAAUAGUGACAUGGAAAAUGAAUAUUUAAGACGGAAAAAAGAACGUGAAGAUAAAAAAAAGAAAAUUUAUCAUGAAUUAUAUGGUAAAAUUUCACAUAGAACGAAACGUGAGCAUGUCUAUGAUAGAAAAAUAUCACAUGGCGGAAAUGCUUUAAAUUUUACUGAAAAACAAGAAUCUAAUUCAAUAUCAAGUUUUGAAAAUAGCUUAUUGACAUGUUAUGAUGGGAAAAUUUUGGUUGCUGAAGGUUUUCCACCAUCACAAAUGUGUACAAAUGUUCAUUAUUUAGCGACAAUGCCAAAUGUUUCACAUAUGAUAACAAGUCAUGAAGUAACUGAAGAUGGCUAUUAUUAUUAUAUUUUUUAUAGUGAUAAUGAUUUGGUUCGAAAUGAUAUUCAUGCAAUAUUUGACAUUUUUAAGCCAACAUUCUUAUAUUCAAACAUAUCAAGUGAUUUAGCUUCACAAAAUUGUAUUAAUACUACGAAUUGUACAUUUAAUUUAAAUUUUUAUAGCGAUGAAUAUGUUGUUGUUGAAGUACCAACAAGAGAUGGAAUUGAACAUGAUGAAGAUGAUAUUACAUAUUUAUAUUCUACUUGUCAUCCAAGGUCUUCCGUAUAUGUUAUAUUCCCAAUUGCAGUUUUAGUAUUAAUUUUAAGUUGUGCGUUUUUAUAGUAGUUAGAUAAUUUAGGAAA